AUGUCUGAAUUCCUUGGCUCACGCAUAUCACUCAUCUCCAAGAGCGACAUCCGGUACUCGGGCGUGUUGCACGAGAUCAACUCGGAAGAGUCCACCGUAUCUCUCGAGAAUGUGCGGUCCUUUGGCACCGAGGGCCGCCGAGGCAAGCCCGACGAGGAGCUGCCCCCUUCGGACCAGGUCUACGAAUACAUCGUCUUCCGCGGCAGCGACGUGAAGGAUCUGCGCAUCGAAGAAGCCGCCCCCGCCAAGGAGAACAAGCCUCCCGUCGUCCCAGAUGAUCCCGCUAUCGUAGGCUCUCGCUCCCGACCCGUCGGCCCUCCUGGUGCCGCCCCAGGCCCCAACAACCCUCCUGCCGGCUUCAAUGCCUCGCCAUUCCAGCAGCAGCCGCCGAACUUCUACCCUCCUGGACCCGGCGGACCGUGGGGAGGACGCGGUGGCCCUGGCCCCGAUCCCAGAUUCGGUGGCAUGCCCUACCCGCCCCCACCAGGCUGGUUCCCUCCUGGUCAAGGCUUCCCUCCUGGUCCUCCGGGGCCCUUCAACCCCUACGGAUAUCCUCCCGGUCCGCAUGGUCACCCCAACGCGCCCGGCCAGAACAUGAGAGGCACUCCACAGCAGCAUCAGCAGCCGCAGCCACCCGCUCCCAUCGGUGCUGGUCCCGGUGCUGCUCCUGGCGCGGACAAGCCGCGAUCAGGCGGAACCCCUUCCCACGCCGAACUGUCUGCGGAACCCAAAUCUCUGGGCCAACCCCCGAAGCAGCCAACGAAUGCUGCAGCCCCAACUCCGCCUGUCGAGUCCAAACCCUCCGCUGAGCAGGUCAAGGCUACCGCCCAGUCCCUCGCCAAGAACGGCCCAGCUGCGAGUGCACAACAACCAAAGAACAACAUACCGACUGGACCCAAGAACAGGGUCACUCCUGCCGUGCCAUUCCCAAGUGCGAUCCUGCCGAGGGCUGGCCCUUCCGCUACCCAAGCCGGACCCCAGGUUACUGCCGCUGCGGCAACGGUGAAGCCUGCAGAAGCCGGACAUGCGCCCAUGUCCCAGGCUUCGCUUCGCGACGCAACCCAACAAGCCAAGGCGGCGGUUGCAGUGGCCAUGGCCAAGCUCGAUGCGGCGAAUGCGGGCGGUGUCGCCCCGGCAGCAAACGGCACUGGAAAUGCUAUGGAUAACCUGACCAACAAAGUGAAUGAGAUGAGGGUGAAUGCCGCCGUUCGUGGCGGCUCUAGUCGCGGUCGGGGACGCGGCAACCGAUCUGCGGGUCCCGCCAAGAUUGAUGUUCCGGAUGCGGACUUCAACUUUGAGGCGUCUAACGCCAAAUUCAACAAGCAGGAGUUGGUCAAGGAGGCGAUCGCUGGCUCACCUCUUGGAGAGACACCAAAUGGCGCCACGCCCGAGGUAGAGGAGCCGACCCCCGAAGGCGCUCCCCCUCCGGCCUACAACAAGACGAGGUCGUUCUUCGACAACAUCUCGAGCGAGGCCAAGGACAGGGCUGAGAGCAGCCAACGGCCCGGGGGUCGCGAAUGGCGCGGUGAGGAGCAGCGCAAGAACAUGGAGACAUUCGGACAGGGCAGCGUUGAUGGUGGUUACCGACCCGGAUACCGUGGACGGGGCCGUGGCCGAGGUCGCGGACGUGGCGGCCGUGGCGGCUUUAGGCCCCGAGGGGACAGCCAGGCCGCCGCUCAAUAG